AAAUACACACACACUGCACACACUGAAUCUUCUGGAAUACACCUCCAAGCAUUUGUUCAAUCUCUCAACUACCCUUUUCCUUUAUUUCCCCCCUCUCUCUGCGGUUUGCUUUUUUUUUUUUUUCUUUCAUUCUCCUUAUAGUUUCUUGGCGUUUCUUCCAUCUCUCUCUUUCACUGUGUAUAGUUGCAGCAUCAGUUUCAGGUCCCUAAACUUGCUCUCUACUUCUUGGCUAACUGUUUUUUCCAACUCACAAACUAAACACAUUUUUGCCCACUUCCCCUCCUUUGUUUGGCUCUUUCUUCUUCAAUUAUAUUCCCUCCAGCAAAGUGCCUGGCUGGGGAUAGUGUUUUCGAUGGAAGCUCCUAAUUCUGGGGAGGAUUGUUCUGUGAAAGUUGCAGUUCAUAUUAGGCCACUCAUUGGAGAUGAAAAGCUUCAGGGUUGUAAAGAUUGUGUUACUGUGGUCCCUGGGAAGCCUCAGGUGUUAAUAGGCUCACAUUCGUUUACUUUUGAUCAUGUUUACGGUAGCACUGGCUCUACCCCGUCUUCCAUGUAUGAAGAGUGUGUUGCUCCUCUUGUUGAUGGUUUGUUCCAAGGCUAUAAUGCCACUGUUCUGGCCUAUGGUCAGACAGGUUCAGGAAAGACGUACACCAUGGGUACAGGUUUCAAAGAUGGAUGCCAAACAGGACUUAUUCCCCAAGUUAUGAACGCUUUGUUCGGCAAAAUUGAAACCUUGAAGCACCAAACCGAAUUCCAACUGCACGUCUCAUACAUUGAGAUACAUAAAGAAGAAGUACGAGAUUUGCUAGAUUCAAGUUCUGUUAGCAAAUCAGAGACAGCAAACGGUCAUGUUGGGAAGGUACACAUCCCUGGGAAACCGCCAAUACAAAUUCGUGAAACAUCAAAUGGUGUAAUUACUUUGGCAGGGUCUACUGAGCGUAGUGUGAGAAAUUUGAAAGAAAUGGCUGAGUGUCUGGAGCAAGGAUCAUUGAGCAGGGCAACAGGCAGCACAAACAUGAAUAACCAGUCAAGUCGCUCUCAUGCCAUCUUCACCAUUACAGUAGAGCAGAUGCGCAAGAUGAAUUCGAUGGUUUCGAGUGAUGGAAAUACUAGUGACUGCUUGACUGAAGAAUAUCUGUGUGCCAAGUUGCAUUUGGUCGAUCUUGCUGGAUCAGAACGAGCAAAACGAACAGGAUCUGAUGGUCUCCGUUUUAAAGAAGGAGUUCACAUUAACAAGGGACUUCUUGCUCUUGGAAAUGUUAUUAGCGCGCUAGGUGAUGAGAAAAAGCGGAAAGAAGGUGUACACGUUCCAUACCGGGAUAGUAAACUCACACGACUAUUGCAGGACUCACUUGGUGGUAACAGUAGAACUGUGAUGAUAGCAUGCAUUAGCCCUGCUGAUAUAAAUGCUGAAGAAACUCUUAACACUCUGAAGUAUGCAAAUCGGGCUCGUAACAUACAGAACAAACCAAUUAUUAACAGAGAUCCGUUAUCCAAUGAGAUGCUGAAAAUGCGUCAACAACUGGAGUAUUUACAGGCAGAACUUUGUGCUCGAGGAGGAGGUUCUUUGUCUGAUGAAAUGCAGGCAUUGAAGGAUAGGAUUAGUUGGCUUGAAAGAACUAAUGAAGAGUUGAGUCGGGAACUACACGAGUACCGCAGCAAAUGUGCUGCCUCUGAGCCGUGUGGAAUAGAUGCUAAUGUAAGCGGUGCCUUUUCAGUAAGAAGUGAAGGGCUUAAAAGGGGCUUGCAAAGUAUGGAGUCUUCUGAUUAUUCAAUGGUGGAAAGUGCAGCAGGUGAUCCUGGAGGUUUGGAUGAAGAAGCAGAAAAAGAAUGGACCCAUACUCUUCUGCAAGAUUCUAUGGGCAAAGAGUUGAAUGAGUUAAAUAGGCGUUUGGAAGAGAAAGAGUCUGAGAUGAAGCUCUAUGGGGGGUUGGAGACGAUGGCUCUUAAGCAACAUUUUGGAAAGAAGCUUCUAGAACUCGAGGAGGAGAAAAGAGUGGUAGAGCAAGAUAGAGACCGCUUGUUAACUGAGGUUGAAAACCUUGCUGCUAAUUCCGAUGGACACGCACAGAAAUUGCAUGAUAUGCAUGCCCAGAAGCUCAAAACCCUUGAAGCACAGAUACAAGAUCUGAAGAAGAAGCAAGAGAAUCAGGUUCAACUUUUAAAGCAAAAACAAAAGAGCGAUGAAGCUGCAAAAAGAUUACAGGACGAAAUACAGUCCAUCAAGGCACAGAAGGUAGGAUUGCAACAAAAGAUCAAACAAGAGUCAGAACAGUUUCGGCAAUGGAAGGCAUCUCGGGAGAAGGAGUUAAUGCAGUUAAAGAAGGAGGGAAGAAGGAAUGAGUAUGAGAGGCAUAAACUGUUAGCUCUGAAUCAGCGUCAAAAGAUGGUUGUUCAAAGAAAAACCGAGGAGGCUGCAAUGGCAACUAAGAGGCUAAAAGAAUUACUAGAAGCACGAAAAUCUUCAGCUCGGGAAAACUCAGUGACUAGCAAUGGAUAUGGAGCUAAUGGGCAGAGCAACGAGAAGUCCUUGCAGCGUUGGCUUGAUAACGAGCUUGAAGUAAUGGUCAAUAUUCAUGAAGUUCGUUAUGAAUAUGAGAAACAGAGCCAAGUACGAGCUGCAUUGGCAGAAGAGCUUGCUGUUCUGAGACAAGUUGAUGAAUUAGCCGCGAAAGGAAUUAGCCCUCCAAGAGGGAAAAAUGGUUUAUCUAGGGCAUCUUCAGUAUCACCGAAUUCUAGAAUGGCACGAAUUGCUUCUCUUGAGAAUAUGCUAGGCAUUUCAUCGAAUUCAUUAGUUGCAAUGGCCUCGCAACUUUCAGAAGCAGAAGAGCGAGAGCGAGCCUUUAGUAAUCGUGGGCGUUGGAAUCAACUACGUUCAAUGGGGGACGCAAAAAACUUGCUUCAAUAUAUGUUCAAUUCUCUUGCAGACGCAAGGUGCCAAAUGUGGGAGAAUGAACUUGAAAUUAAGGAAAUGAAGAUGCAAAUGAAAGAGCUCGUAGGUUUAUUGCAACAGAGUGAAAUUAAAAGAAAGGAAGCCGAGAAGGAGCUCAAAGUUCGAGAACAAACUGCUGCAAUCGCACUAGCCACAUCUGAUUCGGGGAAUUCUAACCAUGACAUGACUGGUGCCUUGUCUCCAAUGUCUGUGCCAGCACAGAAACAGCUCGAAUACACAGCCGGUAUUGCUAAUGCUUUGGUUACAGAAUCGGCCAGCUUUGUUAAUCAAUCUCGGAAGAUGGUGCCGAUGGGAGAGCUUUCAACGAAGAAGUUAGCAAUCAUAGGGCAAGGGGGUAAGCUAUGGAGGUGGAAGAGAAGUCAUCAUCAAUGGCUAUUACAGUUCAAAUGGAAAUGGCAGAAGCCUUGGAGACUAUCCGAAUUGAUUAGACACAGUGAUGAAACGAUCAUGAGGGCAAAACCUCGUACACUGACUCUGCCUAACAUCAAACGUAGCCAUUAGCUCGUGUGAGUGGUGUAUAUUCUCUUCUGACCCGCGUUUUCAGCACCCAAUUAAUGGUUAAGUGUUCAGAAAUAAGAGCAGGCUGCAUUUUACAUGGUGGUUCGGGGGGAGAUUUGUUUCAGCUGUAAUAGAAGAACUGCACUGCAUUUUUUUCUUUUUUUGUGUGAAGAGAGUAACUCUGACAUUCAAUCAUCAGCUGCAGCCACAAAUGCAGAAAUGUAUUGCUGCUACAUAGAGGCGCGGGCAAGUCAUUAACCACAGAGCUCAUGUAAGAGAUGAAUGUUAGUAUUGCAAUAAGUGGCUGGUGUUAGAUUUUGACUCACAAAACUUGCCAGAGUUGUGUAUAGUUCUUAGGUUACAUCAACAGUGGAAAAGCCCUAUUCUUUAGCAGAUCUGUGUAAAUCUGUAAUGUACACUGUUUUGUGUGUAAGCACAGUAUUUAUUUCAGGAUAUAACAAAUAAAACUUCAUAACCUUCUCAA